CACAAGCACCAGCCUAUGACUCGGGAAGCUAUGCUGCAGAAGCUAAACUGGCUUAGGCUGUUCUAGUACGAUUCAGACUACGGUCGCUACCUAGUAGCUGAAGAAAAUCCAGUUGGGUGGAUAUAAGGCUGAAGGCUAGGGUCCUUGGCUCCUCCACUUCGGCUUCCUUCCAUUCAACUCGAGCUGCGAUGACGCGUCCAGGAUGGCUGCUAGUCUAGCAUCAUCACGGAAGCCUAUGACUGCGGAAGAAGUAUUGCCCUCUGGGAGUCUCUUACCGGUGAACAAUUGUCUAUAUAAGGACAUGGCACACCCACCACCUCGUCAUUUGUCACUGAAAUGUACCAUUAGCAACAAUGAAGGCAUCAUUCACCACUACUAUCCUCUCUGGCCUUGCCACCAUCGGCAGCGUGGCUGCCAGCCCUCUCCGUCCGCUAGGGGACCUGGUCAAGCGCAACCCCGACGGCAACUUCACCCUCUACGCCUAUGGACUUACCUCCGAACCCGUCAAGUUAUUCUACGCUGAUGGACUGGCCUACUUCGGCACCGCCUCCGACUGGACCUACGGCUCCGUCGUAACCGACAUCACCAUGACCUACAGCUCCGACGAAGUCUUCGCCGAAGCUCUCACCGAGGGCGUGACCCUCCCCGACGAUACUCUGCUAUACAUCCGCCCGAACGCAGACGAAGUCACCGAGGUUGGCUUCACGGGCGAUGACACCCCCUCUGAUGCCGUAACUGAUCAAUGGAUCUGGUAUGGGGCCUGGAUCAUGUAUGAGUCUGACUCUGGGGAGCUGUUUGAUACGUUCUACGUCAAGGAUACCAAUGUCUCCACGGUGUGGCAGCUGUUUUGGGUGCCCGAGGGGGUGUCGAGUAGUGGGUAUACGAGUGCGAAUGUGCGGGAUAUCGCUUGAUCCUGAGAUCUGCGUUUUCUCACUUGGU